GAUCUCACCUGCACCAUCACCGUCAUCGUCCCCGGAGGGCCCCCGAGUCCCAUCAGCCCAUCAGGCGCCAGAAUGGAUGGGGAUGUAUGGCGUGGGCCGAAAGUUUGGCGCGCAAAGACCAGCCGUGUCUGGAUCUGCAGGUUCUGCAUGCAUUUUUCAAGAAGUUGGGCCAUUGUGAAGGAUGCGCAUCGAACGAGUUGUUGAGAGCAUGCUUGCAGAGGCCUGAUGGGAGUGAAAAACGUGGGCGACGCGACGCGGCAGGUCUGUUGAAGGCGAUCGAGGAUGGAGGCCAAUGGAAGCAACAACAGCGGCGGCGGCAGCGGCAGCGACCUGCUCGAGCUGCCCUGCGAGCUGCGAGGUCUCGUUGCAUACUUGAGCGUGGACGAGCGAGCGACGGCGAUAUUGCACAUACCGCAGAAUGGGCGAGACGUCGAACGAGACUUCAAGGUCGUGUACAGGAAUCCAGCCUUCGACCGUCUCUCCAGACCAUCGGUCGAGCUCGAAGAAGUGCGAAAUGCAGUCGCCCGCUCCCACUCGAUAGAGCAGGACCUGUCGACGUUGCAUGACAAGAUACUCGACGGUGGAGCAUGGCAGACACGGAUAUCGGGCGACUACGCGAUAGUCAUAUCAGUAGCCGGAGGGAGACUUGCAGAUCCAGGGCAGCAUCGUGAUGCUCUCGAAUUGUCGAGGUCACGCUCAAAUGGCACCAGGAGAAGCAGCGACAUUCGCUCUGUCCCAUCAAUAGGGCAGGCUGGUCUGGACUGGACCAAGGCUGACAGGUCUGGCCUCUCGCCAUGGAUCAAGUUCAUCCGCAACUUCGACUGGGCAUCGACUGGCAUUGGGCCUAUGGAUGCUUGGUCGGACAUCUUGCGUCAGGCCAUUGUUUCCAUUAUGGCAAAUCCCGAUCCGCGUCUGAUUGUAUGGGGCGAUGACAUGUCUUUCAUAUACAACGAGGCUUGCGUCGCAAUGUUUGGUGCGAAGCACCCUGACUGUCUGGGACAGAAUGUCAAAGGCGUAUUUGGAGAGGCGUGGGCCAUGGUAGGCCCCAUCGUCGAUGCAGGCUAUCGUGGCGAGGUUCGUAGGAUUCACAACUUUCCGCUUCCAAUCCAAAGACAUGGCUUUCUGGAAGAAACAUACUGGUCUUUCACUACGCUGCCCCUGAUCGAUGAGGCUGGCAUGGGCAUCGGCGUGGUGGACGAGCUGAAAGAGUCGACCGCAUUGGUCAUCGGCGAUCGUAGGAGGAAUACCAUCAACGAGCUUAGCAUGCAACUUAACAAAGCCCGUACAUUAGCAGACCUUUGGCCUGCCGUGCUCGUGCCGCUGGCGCAAAAUGUGCUGGACAUACCAUUUGCUAUCUUAUACACCAUCGUCAACGAUGUGCCCGAAAGAAGCGAAGCAGCUGAGUCGUCAUCGAACGGAUCUUCUUCCACCACACUGUACUCGAAGAAAGCCGUCCUGGCCCAUACCAUUGGGUUGCCGGAUGAUCAGCCGGAUGUUCCCAAGACGUUUUCGUUUGAUGCUGUCAACUGUGGGCCUGGCAUCGCUCAGUCGUGCAUAGACGCGUACAACACCAGAGAAAUGGUCAGCUUGUCAAGCACAGACGGGACGUUGCCACCAUCUUUAGCUGUCGCUGUGCCAGGUCGUGGAUUCAGUGAAACCGUGAGGACUGCAGUUAUCUCGCCCAUCAAGCCCGUUGCUGGAUCCGACACGCUUGCCAUUCUCAUCAUAGGAUUGAAUCCCCGGUCAGUGUUUGGCGAAGAAUAUCAGGUCUUCCGUCAAAUCAUCGUGGACGUCAUUGAGAAGGCAGCCGCAGUCAUAUCACUACCCGAAGAGCAACAACGUGCUCAGAGAAUCGCCGAAGACGUGAAUAACGCACUGGCACAGCAGCUCCGGCUGACCACUCUUAAGGCGGAGAAGAGCGAAGCCAAGUUCUCUCGUCUCGCGUCGGCAGCACCUACAGGCAUGUUCAUGUUUGAGCCCUCUGGAAAACCAUUGUACGUGAAUGACCAGUAUCUCGCAAUGAUCGGACAAACACGAGAUGAGCACAUGAGCAUCAAGGAUCGCGAAGGCUUGGGAACACAGAUUCACGAAGAGGAUCUCGAUACAUUCGCAGAAGCGUGGAGAGCAGUCACGCAAGACAAGUUGCCGACUACUUUUGAGUACCGGCUGAAACGAUCAUGGUUGGCCACAGACAAGAGCGGCCAGGAGAUGUCUGGGGAGACUUGGCUGCUAGCCACCGCCUUUCCAGAGAUUGAGCCUGAUGGUACUGUGUCUUCCAUACAAGGCUGGCUGACAGAUAUCUCGCAUCGUAAAUUCUCCGAACAGCUGCUCGCACAGAGACUGGAAGAUGCGCUGGAAAACAAGCGCCAAACGGAGAACUUUAUCGACAUGACCAGCCAUGAGAUGAGAAACCCUCUGUCGGCGAUCCUGCAAAGUGCCGACUCUAUCGAGACGCUUCUCAACUCAACCGGAAUGCCGAUCACGAACAAAGAUAUGAGAUUGCCUGCGGACAUCGCAGAGGCCAUCGUAGAUGCGGCGCAGACAAUCAUCUUGUGCGCACAGCAUCAAAAGAGGAUCGUGGACGACAUUCUCACGCUCUCGAAGCUUGAUGCCAGUCUACUUGUUAUAUCUCCUGAUUCCGUCGAUGUCCCUAUGCUCGUGACCAAGGCUCUCAAGAUGUACGAAGCUGAGAUCGAGCGCGCUGGCAUUGAUGCGCAGCUAUGCAUUGAAAACACCAUGGAGGAGCUCGGUGUGGGUACAGUGAUCCUAGAUGGCAGCAGACUACUUCAAGUCAUCAUCAACCUCCUCACGAACAGCAUAAAGUUCACACAGUAUUCCGAUGUCCGCAAGAUCAAGAUCUGCAUUGGGGCUUCAUUGCAGAAACCUACAGGUCAGCAUCACGGCAUAUCCUUCAUUCCACCACGACGACAGAUUCGACCAUCACGAACGCCACAACCAGGAUGGACCGGCGGCGAGGACUUAUAUCUGCAGUUCGCCGUCUAUGAUACUGGACGUGGUCUAAAUGAAGAUGAAAUGAAAUUACUCUUCCAGCGCUUUCAGCAAGCAUCGCCAAAGACAUACAAACAGUACGGCGGGUCCGGACUUGGCCUCUUCAUUUCGCGAGAGCUCUGCGAGCUUCAAGGUGGACAAAUUGGCGUUACGAGUAGCAAGGGCAACACGGUCUUCACGUUCUAUGUGAGAGCCAAAAGGUGGGUGGAAGGUGAGCCACCAGCAUGCACCCGACCUGCGCCUCUGCGAUAUCAGAGUAGUGCAGCGUCGAGUCCAAUGAUGUAUAACAGAAGAGGAAGCGUGAUGCUCGAGGUCGGUCAGAGCCAACUCGGAUCUCCCCGCGAGGAGAACGGGACUACGGUGGAGCAUUUCCAUCCUUCAGAUCAUUCGUUAUUGCGAGUACCUUCUUACCAAGCUGCGCCUAUGACGGCUGUAGCGGAAGUCUCGCCUCCUGUCACGAAGGAAAUUGAACAGCCCACGACCCUGAAAGUAGACUUGCAUGUCCUGAUUGUCGAAGAUAACCUCAUCAACCAGAAAGUCAUGUCCCAGCAACUUCAACGCGCAGGCUGCAUAGUGCACGUCGCCAACCACGGACUAGAAUGUCUCAACUUUCUUGAAACUUCCACAUACUGCUCUUCCACGACCCCUUUAUCUGUCAUCCUGCUCGACCUCGAGAUGCCCACAAUGGACGGCCUCACAUGUAUCCGACACAUUCGAAAACGACAACUCACUGGAAAAAUCACCGGACAUAUCCCCGUAAUUGCAGUCACAGCAAACGCACGAUCUGAGCAAAUUUCAAGCGCGAUUGAGGCGGGUAUGGAUCAAGUGGUUACGAAACCUUUUCGAAUACCGGAAUUGGUACCGCAGAUUGAGAGACUUGUUGCUGAAGUCAAAGAGGGAAAGGGCCGUUCUGGUGCUGGGUGUUGACAAUGCUGGAAGAUUUGAUUUGGAUCGGGGUUCUUGUGAGAUACUUUCUGGCCACCGGGGAGGGAGGGAGUAGUUGGAUGGAGCAUUCUCUGAGGGAGAGUGAGAGGGAGAGGCGACAGUAUGGCCGCAAGUCUGACUCCUCCCGCAGAGCUUCUGGUGCAAAGGGCGGGCUGUGCUUGGAAUGAUCGACCCACGCACUUUUACCCGUGCCGAGCUACAAUGCUGCGUGCGAUACGUCCCCCAAUGGCUCUCAGACCAGCAGCCUAUUGCAGGUCCGUGAGAAGCAGGCGCAACGCUCGGGUCAAAACUCUCAUCACCCCGUAUCCUCAUAUCGACCAAUGCCGGUCGUGGAUAACAUCGACAGACACAUUUGAGUAUUCGUUUAGAACUUUUACCCCCAGUUCAAGGCCACUACAUAGUAAUAGUAGUUGUAGUAAUAAUAGUUGUAUUACAACACAUAACCCAACCUAAGGUAGCAUCUUUUCGCCACUACUUGCGCUCCAACAACCACGCAAUCGACUCCAUAAACUCCUUCACAUACUUCUUACUCGCAUCAAUCUGCGGCAUCAUCAACCAAAACCCAUGCGGCAAACCUGGAUACACUUUCAUUUUCGUCGGGAUCCCAUAUUCCGUCCGCAACACUUUUUCAUAAAUCAACCCAUCAUCUCGCAACAGAUCCUGUCCGCAGACCUGGAAACUCGCUGGUGGCUGUCCCGCAUGUCCGCCGGGCCAUAUCAGCGGACUGAACAAAGGAUCGCUUCGCAUUUUCGCCUCGGGCACAUAGGCCUCGUGAAAGAUUUCCAUGGCGGUGGAAUUCAAAAUUGGUGCGUCGCGGUUUUGUUCGCAGGCGUUGUAUUCGUGCUUGUAUUUCUCUGGUAUGCAACUGGGAUCGCACAGAGCAGGCACGACAUAAUGCGUACCUGUCAAUUUUGGUUGGUGUUUGUCUGUCACCCACGUAUGCGCGACUGCUCCAACGAGAUUUCCUCCGGCGGAGUCUCCGGCGAUGAGGAAGCCUUGGGCGGGAUCGGCGUUGAGGGAUGCUGCGUUCUUCGUGGCCCAGAUGGUGGCGUCGAUGCAGUCGUGUGCUGCCGUGGGGAACUUAUGUUCGGGUGCGAGGCGAUAGUCGACGUCGACGCAUACCAUGCCGAAUUUGGUUGUCACCUCGAGGAGGAGGGAGGCAAAAUGUCCGAGAUCACCGACGGACCAGCCGCCUCCAUGGUAGGUAACGAUUAGUGGGCUCUUUCCUGUAGAUGGUUGAUCGCGAGGUCGAUAGAUGCGAACGCCGAUUGUGGAUCCGUCUCGAACGGGAAUCUGGCGGUCUUCUUGGAUUACACGUUCGUCGGUGAGUGCUGGUGGUUUGGGCAUACUGGCACGGAGCUCAGGGAUGGGUUUGCCCUUGAAGUCGCCGAUUUGAGGUUCUUGCCCGCCAAGGUAGGUUUUGACACCCUCUUUCCAUGAGGGGUCCGGCUUGCUCAAGGCCUUCCAGUCGGUGAUGUCUGCCAUGUUGUUUGGUCAAAAGAACUUGAAGUGGAUAAUCUGCGAAUAUGCCUGACAGGAUGAUCUUGUGGUAAUAUAUCGUCCGGUUGUUGUGAUAUAAACAAGAAACGAUGAGUGCCCCUCGCUGAUCGCGGCCUGGGCAACCUGAGGUGUAAUACCUGUAGCUAUAGCAUUGAGGGUUUGCACUAAGGAUGAAUGCCGAUCGACCCCAUCAUCGUCAUUAUCGUCAUAUCAUCAAUUCUGCCCCAAGUUAGAGCUAUCAAGCACAGCCGCCUCCCUCCUUGCACAUCCGAGUGCAUAACACGGCAGACAGCGAAGUGGUGGCUUUGGCGAAUGAGGAGUGAGAAUGUCACAUUUGUCACUGCCGGCCCUCCCGCCCAGCGGUCUAGCUCCCCCUCCACUCGGAGUUGUGAAAGUGCGAUAUCGUGCCCUGUGGGAGGUAUGUACCUCCUACCUCCUACCUCCUAGUGUGAGGUGAGCAUGUUGUAUUCGUCACGGCCCACUUCCAGGUACGAAGAGGAUGCAGGUUGACGAGAGGGAGAGCGAUCUUUUACCCUGUACGUGUAUAGCUUAUUCAGGUUUCCCACGGUUCUGAGGCAUUCAGGCCAAACUGGUACCACGGUUGUGAGGCAGCAAGCAAUCAAGGAAGGGGUCGGGAGAUACUAG